AUGGGAGUCAAUAAGUUGUUAUUUGUCUCGUUUCUUCUAGCUAUUUUGUUUAGCCUAACAAGUUAUGUUUCAGGACAUUUUGAUUAUGUAGAUGCUUAUAGACCAACAACCCCGGGUCAAAGCCCUGGUGCGGGACAUGCAACACCACCACCAUCACUUAGCUAUAUUAAUGGGUUUAGACCAACAACCCCCGGUCGAAGCCCUGGUGCCGGACAUUCAUCACCACCACCAUCGCUUAGUUACGUGAAUGGGGUCAGACCAACAACCCCCGGUCAAAGCCCUGGUGCGGGGCAUCAAACACCACCACCAUCAGUAAAUUACAUUAAUGGGUUCAGACCAACAACCCCCGGUCAAAGCCCUGGUGCAGGACAUAUAACACCACCACCAUCAGUAACUUACAUUAAUGGGUUCAGACCAACAACUCCCGGUCAAAGCCCUGGUGCGGGGCAUCAAACACCACCACCAUCAGUAACUUACAUUAAUGGGUUCAGACCAACAACCCCCGGUCAAAGCCCUGGUGCGGGGCAUCAAACACCACCACCAUCAGUAACUUACAUUAAUGGGUUCAGACCAACAACCCCCAGUCAAAGCCCUGGUGCAGGACAUAUAACACCACCACCAUCAGUAACUUACAUUAAUGGGUUCAGACCAACAACCCCCGGUCAAAGCCCUGGUGCGGGGCAUCAAACACCACCACCAUUAGUAACUUACAUUAAUGGGUACAGACCAACAACCCCCGGUCAAAGCCCUGGUGCAGGACAUAUAACACCACCACCAGCACUUAUUACUUAUGUUAAUGGGUUUAGGCCAACAACCCCCGGACAAAGUCCUGGUGCGGGACAUAUAACACCACCACCAUCAGUAAAUUAUGUAAAUGGAUUUAGACCUACAGCUCCCGGUCAAAGUCCUGGUGCAGGACAUUCAUCACCACCACCAUCCGUUGUUGCUCUUUUGGCGUGA